UAUUACGUUCCGGAUAUGGCUGCCAUCCGCAAGAAGUUGGUGAUUGUCGGUGAUGGAGCAUGCGGCAAGACGUGUUUGUUGAUCGUGUUCAGCAAAGAUCAAUUCCCUGACGUUUAUGUGCCAACCGUUUUUGAGAAUUACGUUGCCGAUAUCGAAGUUGAUGGAAAACAGGUAGAAUUGGCUCUAUGGGACACAGCAGGCCAAGAGGACUAUGAUCGCUUACGUCCUCUCAGCUAUCCGGACACGGAUGUUAUUCUGAUGUGCUUCAGCAUCGAUUCUCCGGAUUCUCUCGAGAAUAUCCCAGAAAAAUGGACACCUGAGGUACGACAUUUCUGUCCGAAUGUGCCCAUAAUAUUGGUAGGAAAUAAGAAAGAUCUCAGAAACGAUCCGCAAACGAUUAGAGAUUUGGCCAAAAUGAAGCAAGAGCCAGUACGAUCGGAACAGGGUAGGGCUAUCGCUGAGCAAAUAAAUGCAUUCGCGUAUCUGGAGUGCUCUGCGAAAACCAAAGACGGUAUCCGAGAAGUAUUCGAAAAGGCCACACAGGCUGCAUUGCAGCAGAAGAAGAAGAAGAAGGGUAAAUGUGAUCUUCUUUAG